UACCUCGGCAUACGGCGUAUCGUUCUUCACCUCGAAUCCCGGGGUCGCGGACGCAAGCUUAGCGACGGUGCUCUCUGACCCGAGCUUGCCCCAGUCGUAGGACUGGCUUUUGCAUGCAAGGCGGACGACGGGCUGUUGGGCGGACAUGGCGCGCGAGGGUGUUUGCGUGGCUGGUUUCGAAAGGCUGAGAGAUGGGGGGAGAGCGUAGGCGGCAGGCAGGAACGAGAGUUGGGUCGUUGCUGGGGUUGUUUAUACCGACCGUAUGGUGGUUGUGGUGGUGGUGGUGGUGGGAUGCCGUGGGAACUUUCCAAAGGCGAGGCUUGAGGUGCCGCUCGUCAUUGCCCUCCGUCCCCUCCGUCCGACUUCCCUUUGCCACGCGUUCUCCAUUCAAUUAUUUCGUCAUCACCUGUGUACUGUACAAAGACUAAACCCAUGCAUGAUGCCACCCAUAGGGCUUGCUUUUG